AUGGGGGUGGCUUCGAGGGAGAAACACUAUGCUCGGGCGAAGAUUCCCUUGAAGGUGAUUAUAAUAGGAGCGGGCAUUGGAGGUCUGGCUGCAGCAUUGGCCCUGGGGAAACGAGGCCACGAUGUCCACAUUAUCGAGUUUGCUCCCGAGAUCCAGGAGGUUGGAGCCGGGAUCCAGUGUGCACCGAAUAUGCUUCGGAUCCUGGAUCGGUUGGGAGCAGGUGCCAAAGUUCGACAAACCGGUGUUGCCCUUGGUGCUAUCCAUAUCCUGCGUUGGCAGGGGGGAUCUCUACUAGGCAGCGUUCCAAUUAACCAGUCCCACGGCGAGCAGUUUGUCGUGCAUCGUGCGGAUCUGCAGAUGGCUUUGCUGGAGAAGGCUUUGGCUCUCCCCAAUGUGAGACUACAGACCAACACAAAGGUCGAAAACGUGCAGUUCAGCCCGGCGGCGGUGGAACUCCAGGACGGAUCCACGAUCUAUGGAGAUGUGGUGCUCGCGGCCGACGGAAUCAAAUCAAUGGUCCGUGCGAAGAUCCUGGGAGACGACAAAGACGUCGCCAUACCGACUGGGGACGCGGUCUUCAGGGUCGUCCUCACGAGAGACACCUUGAGCAAGCACCCGGAUUUGAUGCCUUAUAUCGAAGAGAAGAAGGCAAUCCGAUGGGUUGGACCCGGGAGACACAUCAUUGCCUAUCCUGUGCGGAACCAUGAAAUAUACAAUAUGGCACUUGCUCACCCUGAUCGUGGUCGAGUCGAUGAGAGCUGGACGACCGUCACAUCAAAGAAGAAUCUGCUGUCAGAAUACGAAGGCUGGGACCCAAACCUGAUCAAGAUGUUGAACCUCGUCCCAGAAGGGGACGUUUUGGAGUGGAAACUAUGCAUGCACAUGCCUCUUCUCCGAUGGGUCAGAGGGUCGUGUGCGUUGCUGGGAGAUGCAUGCCAUCCUAUGUUACCAUACGUUGCUCAAGGAGCUGCCCAGGCCGUGGAAGACGCGGCCUCACUGGGAGUGGUCCUAUCCUCAAUAUCAUCCAAGGAUGAAGUCCCCGCGGCGCUUCAAGCAUACGAGAAGGCGCAAAAGGCGCGAGCGGAGCACAUCCAACAAUCCUGUCUGACGACAAGGGCUGCUCUUCAUCUGCCGGACGGUCCCGAGCAGGAAGCCCGGGAUCAGAAAUUCAAGGUUCUGUCCUCAGGGGGCUCUAACGACGAUAAAUGGGGUGAUCCGGAGAUGCAGAAAUUCCUCUGGAGCUGGGAUGCCGAAGCGAAGGCAGAAGAGGCUUGGAGAGAUAUGAAGCGUGAGUCGAGCACACAGAGCCGGCUAUGA